AUGGCGAUGGGCUGCUGCAAGGACAACCCUCUGAUCGAUCAAUGGGAGAACGUCUUUUGGAUUGCGUACGCGCUGGACUGUGAUCUAGCCCUUCGUUACGGCCGCUUACCAGCUCGCCGAUAUGAAGAUGCUGCGCAAAUACCACUGCCUACCACCCACGAACAGAGACAAAUACAGUCCGACGAAGGAGGCUGGAGGAUAGACUACCUCCGAAUAGCAGCAGAAAUCUCACUAAUACAGGCCCGUGUGUCGGAACGACUGCUGAAGAACCACAACGACGACUCGGUUAGCAAGCUACUCAAUGAUCUACAUCAAUGGCGGAGGCAUUGGAUCUUCAAUCAAGCGCCACGGAGCCUCGCUCAGAACCUGCACCGGUCCGAUCUGAUGGCGUUCAUGUUCCUGGAAGGCUCAUACCACCUGACGUUAUUCUCGAUCUAUACACAUCUGGCGCUCCUGAACAGGCGGUCAGGAUUGAUGUUCGAUGUCGACACGCUGCUGCAAGUCGCUAAGGAGAAAAAGCAACCAGCUCUCGAAGACAGCCGACGCUUCAUCGACUUCGUGCGGGUACUCCCCAAAGGCGAUGUUGCUUGGGCAUACCAUGUCGUACACAACCUGGUCGCCUCCGUCAUCGUGCUAUUGUCUCAUGCACAGCAGAACAAAGCCGAUGCGCAGAUAAGGGCAGAUGUGGAAUUUUCGAAAUAUGUCAUGGCCAUAAUCAAUCAUAUCAGCAAGAAGUGUGCGCAGGCAGAUUGUAGGAAGGUACAGAUGAUCCUUCAUCAGCUGUAUGAGCGAGCAGAGCUUGCGGGCACAAGGUCAUGA